UGUUUGCAGCAUGAUCACAUAGUUGUCGAUCUUCACCAGGAUCCGCACGGUCGGAGAGACGCCGCUCCAACUCCCUUGCUGGCAAUGACUCCCCCACCGGGCUUCUGUCACAUUAGCUGAUGCCUUCGGCUCAUCCGGUGAAUCAUCCUUUUUUUUCUCUUCGCUCCUCGUCUACAGGUAGCAGGCACAGCACUUUCUACUGCUAUUAUUGAGCAGAUUCCAGUUCACGUAAUCUCUUCUUGAUCGUGCUGAGGUGUGGUUCACAGCUAGGAACAAGUGCAUCUGGAUCAUAGCACUUGCUGGGCAGCAUUCCGGAACCAUUGACAUUCUUCGAACCCCGAGUGAACAUUUAUUGCGGAUAGUAUCAUUUGACCCUGAAUUUCGCGAAUAACGUCUAUCAUCACGAUGUCCCGUUGGCGCCGGUAUUUUCGAUCCCCUGAAAACCACGGGAAGAUCCAGGCUUCCCCAUCAUACUUGGAUUGGAAGACGGAUGAUAUCGAUAUAACGGUGGUGGAGUCCACACCAGCCACGCAGGAUAGCACUGGGGCUGCCAAGAUCCAGGCCGCGGAAGCUGUGGGUGGAAGAAAGGGCAGGUAUCUGCUCUAUGUGGGGUUGGCGAUGAUGAUGGUCAUUUAUGAACUGGACAACGCGACCGUCGGAACUUAUCGCAACUUUGCAACAUCGGACUUUGACGCGCUGUCAAAGCUCGCGACACUAAAUACAGCCGCGAGCAUCAUCUCCGCUGUCACGAAACCGCCAAUCGCGAAGAUAUCCGAUGUCCUUGGUCGCGGCGAGGCAUAUGUCUUCGCUGUCUCCUGUUACAUUUUGUCUUACAUCCUUUGUGCUUCUUCUCAAUCCUUCGAUACCUACGCUGGCGGCUAUGUCCUCUACUCUGUUGGCCAAGCUGGCACUUCGUUCCUCAACGCCACCAUUGUGUCAGAUCUCUCUUCAAUGCGAUGGAGAGGCUUUGCUUACAACAUUCUCUAUGUUCCCUUUCUGAUCACCCCGUGGGUUUCCGCUUUCAUUGUAGACAGUGUUGUCAAUGGCAUCGGCUGGAGAUGGGGAAUCGGCAUGUUUGCCAUACUGAUGCCCUUUGGUGCUAGUUUCAUCAUCACCACCCUUCUUAUCUUUCAGUGGCGGGCCAAGAAGGCCGGACUGGUCUUGACUGAGCAGCUAAGCAUCUAUGAGUUUUGCUCACGCAUUGACCUGGGCGGCCUAAUCCUGCUCAGUGGGGGCUUUUCUCUGAUCUUGAUCCCAAUAACAUUGGCUGCCACCGUUGCAGACAGGUGGAAGGCGCCUUGGGUGGAUGCCCUCAUUGCCGUGGGCGCGAUUAUUUUGGCAUGCCUCUACCCAUAUGAGAAGCAUGCCGCCCGGCAUCCUGUUGUCCCAGUCCACUACAUCUGGAACCUAUCUGUUCUCAUCCCCGUGAUUCUGGUUGCAGUCGACAAUAUCAGCUUCGGUGCUACACACACUUACUUGUACGUGUGGUCAAUGGUCUCCCACAAUUUCAAUGCGCGGGAUGCGCAAUUCCUGUACUAUGUCAAUGGCGUCAUGCAAGCUUUGGUAGGUAUGGCAACAGGGCUGGUUAUGUAUCGCUUGCGCUCCUACAAGUGGAUCGGCGUGGCAGGUGCAGUGAUUCGCAUGGUCGGAUAUGGGGUUAUGGUCCGCCUACGCACGAACAAAAGCUCGGUCGCAGAGCUUAUUAUUGUGCAACUCGUCCAGGGCAUCGGUAGUGGCAUCAUCGAGACAGUGGCUGUCGUGGCCGCUCAGAUCGCUGUUUCUCAUGCCGAGAUGGCUCAGGUUACGUCUCUGGUCAUGCUGGCAGCUUACCUUGGCAACGGGAUCGGAUCCUCCAUCGCAGGUGGGAUCUACUCGGGCGAAUUACGCCACCAGCUCCGGUUGCACCUUGGGCCUGAUGUCAACCAGGCCGAGGUGGAAAAGCUGUACAAUUCGAUCACGGGCACAUUGCCCUCUUGGGGGUCCCCUGAACGGGUGGCAAUCAAUCGAGCUUAUUCUGAUGUCAUGGGGCUCAUCACGAUCGCGGCCCUGGCAUUCUCUGCCCCAGUUGUAAUCUUAUCGCUGGUGCUGCCAAACAAGAAGCUUGGGGACGGACACAAUUUGAUGCAGGGGAAAGGAAGCUCUACCUCUUCCGAUUCGUCAACCCUGAAUGAGGAAAAGACGCGCAAUACUUGAACCGAAAUGAUAUACCAUGAUUGUGCUUGAAUUAUACAUUAUAUACACUGCCACAUG